AUGCACAGUAGAGGCUGGAAAAAUCACAGCUCUGUAACUGAGUUUAUCCUCUUGGGCUUCUCCAGAAAUCCCAGAACCAACUGGAUCCUUUUCUUCAUCUUCCUUUUCCUCUACUUAUUUACAGUCCUGGGCAAUGGGCUCAUUGUCACCCUGAUCAGAGUAGAUGCAUGCCUCCACACCCCCAUGUACUUCUUCCUCAGCAUCCUCUCUCUCCUGGACCUCAGUUAUGCCACCACCACAGUGCCCCAGAUGUUGGUCCAUCUGGUAAGCAAGAAUAAGACCAUCUCCUAUGUUGGCUGUGUGGUCCAGAUGUACAUUUUCCUGACCUUGGGCAUCACUGAAACUUGGAUUUUUGCAGCCAUGGCCUAUGACAGAUAUGUUGCCAUAUGCCAUCCACUCCACUAUGGGGUCCAGAUGAGUCAAACCCUCUGUGUUCUCCUGGCAGUCAGCUCUGCCCUCUGUGGUCUCACCUGUGCCCUUGUCUACACCGUCUUUGCAAUGAAUCUGCCUUACUGUGGCCCCAAUGAGAUCAACCACUUCUUUUGUGAAAUUCCUGCUGUCUUGAAGUUGGCCUGUGCAGACACUUCCCUCAAUGACCAAGUGGACUUUAUCUUGGGAUUCAUCUUGCUCCUGAUCCCAUUAUCCCUCAUCUUGGCCUCAUAUAUUCGUAUCUUCACAGCUAUUCUAAGGAUUCGCUCCACCCAAGGGCGGAUCAAGGCCUUCUCCACCUGUGCCUCCCACAUCACUGUGGUCACCAUGUUCUGUAUUCCAUGCAUGGUCAUGUACAUGAGGCCUGGCUCUGAAGCCUCCCCAGAGGAUGACAAGAAGCUGGCUCUGUUCUACAAUGUCAUCUCUGCCUUCCUUAACCCCAUCAUCUACAGCCUCCGGAACAAGGAUGUGAAGAGGGCUUUCCUCAAGUUAAUCCGAAUGAGUGAGGACACUCAAUAG